CACGUGGAGUAACAUGGAGACUGGAGUAAACAUGCGGAUAAAACGGCGCGCAUUAUUACACGACUAAAUACGUUUCUUAUAAGAACGGGUGACGAGAAAUACAAGUGCCUUCGAUAGUUUAUCACGUGAAUCUUGGCGGUAAUCCGUAAACAUGUCAUUAAUAAGGAAACCUACGCGAUAUGCUCAUCAGGAAGGGCACACCGAUGUCUGCUACUAUUCCGGUGAAAAGAGGGGACUCGUCACUUGUGGAUGCGACGGGGACGUUAGAUCCUGGUUGAAUUUAAUGGAUGACGAUCCGACCACCAGCUGCAUCUCGGAACAAGCGAUCACUGUUAUCUCAAAGGAUGGUAAAAUUUUUGUGGGAAAUGACAAUAACACGGUGCAAAUACUUACUUACCCUGAUCUAGAGAAGGAGGGAAUAGUUACAAGAUUUUCAGCGCCGGUCUCAGCACUGGCGACAGCAAAAAAUAGUAGUUUAAUAGUAUCUGGUGCCUGUGAUAUGAGGAUACAAGUUACUAACAUUAAUACCUCGGACAGUAUAGAAUUAGAAGGCCAUGAAGCACCAAUUUUAGGCCUGUCUUUAGACCCGAAAGAAGAAUUUGUGGCGUCUUCUAGCGCUGAUGGAUCUAUUCGAGUAUGGAAUAUUAAGGAAAAGAGAACCAUACAUGUUUGGAAUAACGUUGUACCAAAAUGUAACUCCUUUUUUAUUGCGAAAUCAUAUUGCACACCUUCCUUCAAAUGUACAGAUGGCAGUUGCUUAGCGUAUCCAUCUAACAAAGAUGUAGUUAUCGUGGAGAGAUCGUCUUGGAAGGAAUUAUGUAGACUGAAAUGUUCCACUUUAAAGACUGAUCUCAGCAUUUGUAAAUUCUCUGAGUGUGGCACGCGCAUCGCCGCCAGUUCACUGUACGGAGAGAUGGUUGUGUGGAAUGUGGAAACCAAGGAAAUGAUCGGAUAUCUCGAACACGAGCAAGAUACUAAAAUAACUGCAUUAGUGUGGCAUAUAGAUCAUUCGAAUGAAAUUGCAUUCUGUGAUGCAAUGGGAAAAUUAGGAUGCAUUGAUGUAAUAAGCUCUAGUAAGCUUGGAAGUGAGGCAAUCUUGGAUUCUGAGAAAAACGAAGAUGUAAUGGAAAAUGAUAUUGCUUUACCGGAUGAUGACGAUGAUGACGAAAAUGUUAUAUCCCUGAAUAAAAUUAAAGCCUCCAUCAAUCUAGAGGAUGAUCAGAAAAGUCACUCCGAUGCAGGCUUUGAAAAGCCAACAUUUGACACGAAGGCUUUUGUGCCUAACGUAAAAGUGCAAUCGUCUUUUCAACCAGGAUCUACACCCUCUCAUUUAUUAUCAUAUUUCAUGAUGUGGAACGAUGUGGGAAUGGUUAGAUGUUUCUCAUCAGAGGAUGGGGAAGAAUGCAGCAUUGAGGUGGAGUUCCAUGACGUUACAGUUCAUCGUAGCAUGCACAUAAAUAAUUAUUUACGACAUUCUUUAGCUGCCUUAUCUACCCAAGUACUUGCUCUGAGCUGCGCUUCUUCUGAAGAUGGUCCUAGUAAAAUUGUCGUAAUAGUUCUGCAAGGUUGGGGUUCUGGAAAUAAAGAAUGGAUCCUGGAUCUGCCGGAAGGAGAGGAAAGUGAUUGCUUAGCGGCUGGUGAUAAUUUCGUUGCAGUAGCAACAUCUAGGAGGAAUUUAAGAAUAUUUAUGAUAGGAGGAACGCAACGUGAAAUUUUAGCUCUGCCCGGGCCUGUAGUUGCAAUGAAUGGUCUAGGAAAUCAUCUUGUGAUAGCUUAUCACGCUGGAAUUGGUCCAGCGGGUGAUCAGAAUAUAAAUCUAUUAUGGAUGCAAAUACAGGGAACGCAUAUACGCAGUCAAACUUUAACGAUUCCGCUUUCGCCAGCAUCGGAUCUCAUGUGGUUAGGAUUAUCAGACGCUCGUUCGCCUACUAUCGUGGAUUCUGACGAUAUUAUCAGAAUAUAUGAUAAGAGAUCUUGUCAAUGGAGAGUGCUUUGUGAUACAAAUGCGCAGGGAAAAGGUAGAGCAGAUCACUAUUUUAUAAUCGGCGUGAGCGAACAUGAACGGAACAUGCGGUGUAUUCUCUGUAAAGGUAGUUAUUAUCCGCCGACAACUCCGCGACCGAUAAUUACCGAGAUAGAUUUAUCUGCACCUCUCUGCGAACCGGAAUCUGAGAAAACUAAAAAAGAGCGUAAACUGUGGGAGAUAGGAAGCAGUCCGUUGGAUGAAACCGAGGCGAUGUUAACUCUAAUAGCGCUUGCCUGCAGAAGCAAUUUGGAAUAUCGCGCAGUGGACAUUUGCGAACAAAUUGCGUCGACAAAAGUGAUAGAUUUGGCCAUACGGUAUGCCUUGCGUGUAAAUAAAGUGGCAUUGGCAAAUAAAUUGGAAACAAUCGCUGAUGCAAAAUCGAAUUCCAAAGAUUCAAAAGAAGAAGAUGUGGGAAAUCACCAAGACGAUUUCACAACCAACGGUAAUUCUAGCAUUAAUGAUCAAGAGGAAGACGAUGUGUCUUUACCGUCCAUUAAAAAACCAGAGAUAGAAAUUAAGCCAUUGGCCAUGAGUCAAACGUUAAAAAGAGUAAACCCAUUUUUAAAAGCCGGAAGUCCGUCUCUAUCGCCAAAAGGUUUAGCUGGUUUGAACAGUUUACCAGAAAAACCCCAGAAACCUGCCUUAUCCAAAAUCGUGCCUGUUAAGUCAAAAUCGAAGACUGAAUCAAAGAAAGAAUCGUUCGUUAAUUGGUACGCCAAAAAUAAAAAAAAUCUGCAAGAAGAAUUUCCCGAGGUGAAUGUUGCCGAAUUAACUAAAAUCGGUUUAACGCGAUACAAAGAAGAGCUGACGCAAUCAAGUGCAGACAACGCAGCUGGAUCUUCAGAACUUUUCAAGAAACGAAAAUUAUCGAGUCUCGUACCACUGGAUCCCGUUCAAGAGGCCAUGGGCUCCAUGGGCCCAUGGCACAUCGUCAUCGCCGUGGCGAUUUCCCUCGUCAAAUUUCCAGUAGCUUGGCAUCAGCUUUCCAUCGUGUUUCUCGCACCGCCCACUAAUUUUUCAUGCAUCGCCCCUUUGUCAGCAACUAACGAAUCCAUGACAAUGAAAUGCGAGGUUGACGUUGGGAAUGGUACUAUAGAAGAAUGCACUCACUUUCGAUACGAUAAGAGAAUAUUCCGAGAGAGUAUCAUAACGCAGUGGAAUUUAGUAUGUGACCGAGAGCAAUUGGCGAAUUUUGCACAAUCUUGCACAAUGUUUGGUGUGCUCGUUGGUAAUUUAAUUUUCAGCAUGAUGGCUGACAGAAUUGGCCGAAAGAAACCGUUAAUGAUCGCUAUCGCGUUGCAAUCGGUGACAGGAUUCGCGAGUGCAUUCGCACCAUGGUACGAAUUGUUCCUGGUACUUAAAUUUAUUUGUGCCCUAUCUACUGGCGGAACCAUGCUCGUCAGCUUCGUUUUACUUAUGGAGAUUGUUGGAGUAGAAUGGCGAUCAAUCAUGUCGGUUCUCUUUCACGUACCAUUUUUAAUCGGACAUGUAAUGAAUCCCCUGAUAUCCUAUUUGACACUUACGUGGUCUGGAUUUCAAAUGGCCGUCUCAAUACCGUCAAUUUUCUUAUUAGCGUACUACUGGAUUAUUCCGGAAUCACCGAGAUGGUUGCUAGCUAUGGGCAAAAGCAGACAAGCGGAGCAAAUUUUGCUGAAAGCUGCCGGACGAAACAAGAUACCGGUGGAAAAUGUAAAGCUGGCGCUUGAAACUUAUGAGAAUCAGUCGACGAUCCGACAGACGAAAAACAAUGAGAAAUACAAUAUCUCGCAUUUGUUUAGAACUCCAAAUUUGAGAUUGAAAACUAUAUAUGUGAGCGUCAACUGGUUCGUCUGUGGUAUGUGUUUCUUCGGACUGGCGCAAUACAUGGGUCAUCUCGACGGCAAUAUAUUCAUUAACGUCGCAGUUUCUGCUGCCAUGGAAAUACCUGGAACUGUAAUAGUGCUGUUUUUGAUAUCGCGAGUUUCACGUUUAAAGAUUUUGAUCGGCGGGAACAUCUUGUCCGGCGUGAGUUUACUUCUGAUAACUCUUAUAUCUAACGCAACUGUCCGGAUAUUUUUAGCCUCGCUAGGCCUCGUGGGUAUGGCUAUUAGCUUUCCCACAGUAUAUCUGUACAGUUGUGAAGUAUUUCCGACCGUCGUGAGAAAUGUUGGCGUUGGUUUGGGGAGUAUUUCUGCAAGAAUUGGAAGUAUAAUUGCACCGUAUAUUGCCACAAUGGGCUACAUUCAACCUUGGCUGCCUCCAGUAAUAUUUGGAUUAGGGCCGAUAAUAGGUGCCGUACUCUGUUUAUUUUUGCCGGAAACGAUGAAUUGCGAGUUACCAGAGACAAUAGAAGAUGCCGAAAAUUUUGGAAAGAAAAAAUCCGAGGAAGAACAUUGACUUGGUAAUUGAUACGCGAAAUAUGCAUUAGGUUGCAUAAUUUUUCAUAAUUUAAUAUUUUAUAAAAAAUAAUUUAGCACGGCACAUUAAAUUCAACCAUUCAAGAUA